AAAACAUUUUCAAGAGCUUAAGUACAGCCAAAUAAGAGAAAAUAGAAAAACAUUUUCCCUUGUACACACCCCAAUUAAGAAGGAAAAAAAAAAAAAGAUCAUGACGACGUCGUUCCCUUUGUCUCUCCCACAACCAAAUGGCCAUUCUUUUACUAUCUCUUAAACCCUAAACCCUCUAAACCUCCCAUUCUUUUUUCUCUUUACUUCUCCUAAUGCUUCGAUUAACCCUCAAAUCACCCCUUAAACCUCCAUUAAUCUCCUCUCUCUUCCUCCUUAAUCCCUCUUUCUUCACCACCACUAACCUCGCCGUUAACCACCGUGAACCACCACCAUCCGCCACCGGAAAAUCAAGAAUCCUCAGUUUUUUCCUACAAAAUCACACUAAAGGUUCAACAAAUCAUUUACAACAAAACCCAUGUUUUAAAAAUUUAAUCUUUGAGCUAAAUUCAUUGGAAAUAGAAGGAAUUGUUGAGAAACUAAGUGUUGGAAAUACUGAAUCUGCACUUGAGUUCUUUUUCUUGUUGAGAAAUGAUUAUGGAUUUAAGCAUUCAAGAGUUUCAUACAUUGUUAUUGCUCAUAUUUUGGCUAAAAAACAAAGGUUUAGAGCUUUGAAGUUUCAUUUACAAUAUUUGGUUCAACAAGAAGGCUCUGGUUCAGCUCAUUCGAUAUGUGAGCUGCUUUCGAGUCGCUUUCAGAAAUGGGAUUCUAAUCAUGUUGUCUGGGAUAUGCUGGCUUCUGCUUAUUCCUGGUGUCAGAUGGUUAAUGAUGCUCUCUAUGUUUUUGCCAAGAUGAAAGAUUCCAAUAUCCAUGCUUCGAUAAUUACAUAUAAUAAUUUGUUGUAUAGUUUGAGACACACCGAUAACAUCUGGGAUGUCUAUGAUGACAUCAAAGCCAGUGGGAUAAACCCGAGCAAGUAUACUAAUUCCAUUGUUAUAGAUGGACUUUGCAAACAAUUCUUGAUGCAAAAAGCAGUUGAUUUUCUUCGAGAGACUGAAUGUAGAGAAUCUGGGCCUUGUGUUGUGGCUUUCAAUACUCUUAUGUCGAGUUCCUGUAAAAUGGGUUCCAUAGACGUUGCGAAGUCAUUCUUUUGUAUGAUGUUUAAAUGUGGAUUACAUCCCAAUGUAUAUAGUUACAAUAUUCUCAUUCACGGAUUAAGUGUGGCUGGUGCAAUGGAAGAAGCAUUGGAGUUCACAGAUGAUAUGAAGAAACAUGGUUUAGAGCCUAAUCAGGUAACUUAUAACGUCCUCGCCAAAGGAUUUCAUUUGCUUGGUAUGAUGAAUGGUGUCUGGAAGUUCGUUAAUGAAAUGCUUCAUAAAGGCAUAGAUCCUGAUAUUUUCACGUAUACAAUGUUGAUAUGUGGAUAUUACAAUGAUGAGGGUAUUAAGUUGAAAGAGGAGACGGGGGUCCAUGCCAGUGAUAUCUCAGACACGAUGUUACUUAGCAGUUUGUGUAAAAGCGGACGUUUAGAUGAAGCUUUGAAUUUGUUCCAUGAGAUAGAGAGCAGCGGUCAUAAACCGGAUCCUAUCAUGUACUCGAUUCUUAUUUCAGGCCUUUGUAAGCAAGGAUUGGUUGAGAUGGCUUUUCAAUUGUACAAUGAUAUGUUGUGUUGUAAGAGAAUUCUUCCAAAUAUUGUUGCUCAUAGAUCUAUUCUCAAAAGCUUCUGUGAGAGAGGGUACAUUUGUGAGGCAAGAGUUCUGUUUGACGCUUUCAUAAAUUGUGACUUAAUGGAUGAUGUUGUUUUGGGUAAUAUUAUGAUUGAUGGAUAUGCAAAACUUGGUGACAUCGGUGAGGCUGUUCAGGUAUACCAACUGAUAACAGGGAAAGGAAUAAUGCCAACCAUAGUUACAUUCAAUUCCUUAAUAUAUGGGUUCUGCAAAGCCAGAAAGUUUGAUGAUGCAAGGAACUGGGUUGACACUAUAUAUUCACAUGGGUUGAUACCAUCAUCGAGGACGUACACAAUUCUUAUGGAUGCCUAUGGUGAAGAAGGAAAAAUUGAAGCCGUUUUUGAGUUGCUAGAGGAAAUGAAAGCAAGGGCCAUAGAACCAACUCAUGUUACUUACACAGUGAUAAUGAAAUGCCUCUGUAGAAGAAGGCAGAUGCAUGAGUCUGUACGGAUACUAAAGGGUAUGUUACCGGAUGGUUUUCAGCCGGAUGAAAUUUUUUACAACACCAUUAUUAAAAAAUUAUGCGAGGCUCGAGAUAUGAAAGGUGCUUUCCGAUUGCAUAAAGAAAUGGCGGUGCACAAACUUCAGCCAAGUCGAGUCACGUACAACAUUCUCCUUAAUGGUUUAUGUACACACGGAGAACUAAAGAAUGCUGAGGAACUAUUUUCUACACUCCAAGAUGUUGGCUUGAUGAAAUGUGAUUACACCAUUCUAAUAAAAGCGUAUUGUGCAAAAGGAUCAGUGGAUAAGGCAGUGGUUCUGUUCCAAAAGAUGAUUGAGAAGGGCUUUGAAAUCUCUAUUAGAGAUUAUAGUGCUGUGAUUAAUAGGUUGUGCAAAAGAAACUUACUAGCUGGUGUGAAGAUUUUUCUGCGUAUGAUGUUGUUUCAUGGCAUAUCUGUUGAUUCACAAAUUUGUUUUGUUAUGCUUAAAAGUUUCAAUCAUAUUCGUGAUCGCAAUUCUGUGUUCCAAUUGUCCUCUUUGAUGAUGAAGUGUGGGUUAGAUACUGAUUAUAAUUGUGGUUAAGUGUACGAAACACCAAUUCAGGAUGAUUAGCGUGCUCUGUUGCAAUAUAUGAGCUUCUUGGUUCACGUGAUGUUACCAGAAAAGUUCCUAAAAGCUGUAACUUGAUUUUAUAAGAUGAGGUCAUACAUUUUUGUAUGGAGAAAAGACACAGGGACUUUGGCAUCUGUAAGAAAAGUUAACAGAUCCUCAGAAACACAUAGUCAGUUGUCCUUGUGGAUCCUAGUCUUCAGCAGUCAAUAGGGGCAUGCCAGCUGUAUGACUGCUGGAGCUUUUGUGGCUUGAGUUCUUGGAGCUGCUCAGAGUAGCAGCCAGCUCGUUUGGCUACAUUUUUCCUAGUUGCCAAGGAGCUGACUAAUGGCAUCAUCUGAGUUGAAGAAAUAUCCAUAAACGAAGAUAUUGCAGCGCGUAGAGCUCAAGAGAUUAAGGAACAACAAUGAGCUGAUGGAAAUUUGAGCGCCGCACCAGAUUUGCACAAAUGUCACCUGGUAGAAAACAAUCUUUUUUGUUGCAACUGUAAGCUAAAAGAUCCAAAUAAAAGGGCAGCGACUUAGUUAUCAUUCAAGUAAUACAUUAUCCUCAACGGAAGUUGCUAUUCAACCUCAAAGACAAACUGUUGUCAUAAUUGUUGAUCCUCCGGUAACUUCUGAAGAAGGUUGAUGCUUUUGUGAAGAUUUUUUACGGGUUGCACAUAGCUGGUCUAUGAGGUACAAAAUCAAGGAUGAAGUUACUAUAAGACCUGCUUGCAAGAAUUGGGCUGCCUAGGGUCCCAUAUCCUGGGAGUGAAAGAUCUAAUUGAUAAAAGCUUUGAGAAGAAGAUUCACUGUAGCAAAAGCAGAACGAGUAUUAUGCCUCUAUGUUUCCCGGCUGGUGAGGAAGUCAAAACCAUGAGAAUUGUUAAAGCUGGAUUAUGCCUCCAUUCUAAUGCUUGUACUCCAGAUUUGGAUGGGAGUUUACUAGCUGCCUCUAUCCGUUUGGUGAAGGUGUACUUAAACAGGAAUUAUAAAAUAAUUUCAACGAUUACCAUUGAUAUUGAAGCUUGAUUCUACACCAAAUACACAUAAGGGUUUUUGGAGUUCAGUGGAAAUAAACGGGCGAAGACUAGAAACUGUUUGCACUACUGAUAUGUCGGUACUUCAAUUGAGAGGUAAGGAAUGAACUCUGAUGCCCAUCUUAAUUUAUUCUCUUGGCUGUUGAAACUCUUGGUCUAAUUUUCUAUACUUCAAUGGUCUUUUUGACUUCCGCAACUUAAUUUUCAUCUGGUGAUCAACAGCCAAUAUGCAAUUGACCUCUCAUUCCUGCUUGACAUGUACGCCUUUUCUUCUACUUGAUUUUCACAAAGCUGAUUAUACACACUUAUUCUAUAUUGUGUUCUUCUCCUCUCUUGCUUCCCUGCUUUCCGCAGAUUCUUUUAUGUAUUAUCCCUGCUUUAUGUAGAUUACAUUCAGAUGUUUUGCUUUUGAUAUAUAACAGCUACAAUGUACUUCUUGAUUUUCUUUCCUCUGAUCAUUAUAUCGAUGUUUGUGCUUCUUAGUUAUCCUUGUGCUUUUUAUGCCUUUUCUCCUUGCCUUUCAUCUCACUUCUAGAUUUUCCAGAUAUAAUAUGGGUGCCUAUGUGAGAUUAUCAAACACCAUGAAAGACUUAUUGAGUAGCAGGUAUAUUGCAACAGGCAAAAUAAUUGUCGUUUCAGCACAAAAUUUGAGGAAACCCAAUUCAAAAGUUCCAACAACAACAACAUACCCAGUAUAAUCCGACAAGGUGGGGUUCUGGGGAGGGUAGAGUGUACACAGACCUUACCCCUACCUUUGGAGGUAAAGAGACUGUUUCCGAUAGACCCUCGGCUCAAGAAAAACAAUUCAAAGCAGUCAACAAAGGACCAAUUCAAAAGUUCCAACUUCAUAAAUCCAUCAGGAGUCAAAUCCUCGCUGGAGCCGUUUCAUGUAGCUGGGGAGGCUUCUCUGCAAACAUCUAGGUCAAAAGCUCGGAUGCACGAACUUGUCUCUCUUGAAAAGGAAGUAUCUUGUGUCAGCUUAUCCAACUGCAUUGUAUCGAACCACGUUGUGAAGAUUAUGUGUACUAUUGGACAUUGACAAUGGUCUAAGCUUUUUCUCCUCAUGCAACUUAUAAAUUGAUUAAUGAGAGAUGGUUUCUGUCUAUCCAUGUAAGAGAUCCAUAAUUGGUACCUAUGUAAUAAGCACAUACAUUGCAAGUAAAAGUAAUAUAAACCUCUACAUUGUUG